AUGGAAAUGUUUCAUGUCAAACCAAGAUGGCUCUUUCUCAAAGUAAUCACAUGCGAUGACGGGACAAUAGGUUGGGGCGAACCAGUGGUGGAAGGAAGAGCUCAAACGGUUGAAGCUGCUGUAAAAGAAAUUGCUCGAUAUUUGAUUGGUCAGGAUCCACGAGAUAUUGAAAAACAUUGGCAAACCAUCUAUCGAGGCAGUUUCUAUCGGUAA